GGCUGCGUCGUCCGCCAGUCAGCGGCGCGCAGUCCUCUCCCGGCGAGGCACGCAGCAGCAGCUCGGUGGCGCACCAUGGCCGGAGGCCUCCCGCGGCGCGGCCUCUGGCUGCUCCUGGUGCACCUCCUCGUGGUGGCCACCGCCUGCCAGAACGCCAACUACGGCCCCGUCAUCCAAGAGCUGUGCCUCAAGCGGUUCCAGGUGGACAUGGAGGCCCUGGGGAAGACCCUCUGGUGCGACUGGGGCAAGACCAUAGGGAGCUACGGGGAGCUCACGGACUGCACCAGACACGUGGCCGAGAAGCUGCGCUGCUUCUGGCCGAACCCCGAGGUGGACCGCUUCUUCAUCGCCGUCCACAAGCACUACUUCAGGAGCUGCCCCGUGUCCGGCCUGGCCGUGCGGGACCCGCCCGGCAACAUCCUGUGCCCCUUUGUCGUGCUGCCCAUCAUGGUCACCCUGGUUGUGACAGUGCUGGUGGCCUGGAGGAGCAGGCGCCAGGAAGGCAUCGUGUAGGUGGGCGCAGCUGCCCCCAGGCCAGGGCGCCCUCUGCACACAGAGGGAGGCCGGGUAGGGCCAGGAGCCCCGGGCCUGCCCAGCGACAGCGUCUGGGCCCUUCCAGCAAGGCAUGCCCCAAGCCCCCCUCUUCCCCCAGCCGAGGAGAGCUGCAGGAUUUCAGAGGGUCCCUAGCCCAGGCAUUCACCUUGAGUGACCCCGAAAGGGCAGCCGAGGUACUCAAAGGUAGGGGGCGUCACUGUCGUUUAUUUCUGAGGAAGAGUCCCAAGCUCUGCUUCUCCCGAUGUGCUUAUAAACCACCGCGGCUGUGUUCCCACCUCCGGCCGGACUGCUUACCCGAGACAC